UAGUGAGAAAGAAGAUAUAACAUAGAAAAGCUAUAGCUAUAGAAAGAGGAGCAGUUAAUCUUGUAUGAAUAAUAACAAAUGAAUGUGGUUUCCAAAGCCAUUGAACAUUCAAAUCUCGGCCACCACCAACGGCUACGUCCAACGAGCCCUACAAGGCCUCCACAGAGUCGAUGUGCUCGACUGCGGGGCUUAUGGCCAACUCAUUCAGCACUGCACAGACCGCCGCCUGCUCCGUCAGGCCAAGCAGCUCCAUGCCCGCCUCGUCCUCUUCGCGGUCGUGCCCAGCAACUUCCUGGCCUCAAAGCUCAUCACUUUGUAUUCCAAAACCAACCACCUCAGCCAAGCGCGCAAGGUGUUCGAUCAAAUUCCCCACAAGAACACCUUUUCAUGGAACGCUAUGCUCAUUGGGUAUUCUUUUAACAACAUGCAUUCCGACACUCUGAAGCUGUUUUCAGCUAUGAUGUCUUCGUGUUCGGACGAAGUGAAGACUGAUAAUUUCACAGUUACGUGUGUCUUGAAGGCUUUGGGGGCUUUGCUUUACGGUUCAAGAUUGGCUCAGGAGGUUCAUUGUUUUGUUCUGCGUCAUGGGUUUGAUUCAGAUGUUUUUGUUACUAAUUCUUUAAUAACUUACUACUCGAGAUGUGAUGAGCUUGGAUGGGCGAGAACAUUGUUUGAUAGGAUGCCGGACAGAGAUACGGUGUCGUGGAAUUCGAUGAUUGCCGGGUAUUCACAGGCUGGUUAUUACGCAGAGUGUAAAGAGUUGUUUCGGGAGAUGUUAAGGUUAGGGAGGUUGAGGCCUAAUGGGUUGACAGUGGUUAGUGUCUUGCAAGCAUGUUUACAGUCCAAUGAUCUUAUAUUUGGUAUGGAGGUUCAUCAGUUUGUGAAUGAGAGUCAAAUUGAGAUGGAUAUUAUUCUUUGUAAUGCUCUCAUAGGGCUAUAUGCAAGAUGUGGUAGCUUGGAUUAUGCUGAAGAAUUAUUUCAUGGGAUGAGUGAAAAGGAUGAGGUCACUUAUGGUUCAUUAAUUUCGGGCUACAUGUUUCAUGGGUUUGUUGACAAAGCCAUGGAUCUUUUUCGAGAAAGUAAGAAGCCAAGAUUAAGUACUUGGAAUUCUAUGAUUUCAGGUCUAGUUCAGAACAACCGGCAUGAAGCCGCCUUAGAUUUAAUUCGUGAAAUGCAGGCAUGUGGUUACAAACCAAAUACCGUGACACUGUCAAGUAUUCUUCCUGCAAUAUCCUAUUUAUCAAAUCUGAAAGCAGGGAAGGAACUACAUGCUUACUCUGUUAGAAACAAUUUUGAUGCCAAUAUUUAUGUCGCGACUGCUAUUAUCGAUACUUACGCAAAGUCGGGGUUGGUUCAUGGGGCACAGCAGGUUUUUAAUCAAUCAAGAGGUAAGAGCUUGAUCAUUUGGACGGCAAUAAUCUCAGCUUAUGCAUCCCAUGGAGAUGCUGAUAUGGCUCUUGGUCUUUUUUAUGAGAUGCUAAAUAAUGGCAUUCAACCAGACCAAGUGACAUUUACAGCAGUCUUAACAGCUUGUGCUCAUUCUGGAGUGGUAGAUGAAUCUUGGAAGAUCUUCGAUGCCAUGUUUCCGAAAUAUGGCAUUCAGCCCUCAGUUGAGCAUUAUGCCUGCAUGGUAGGUGUUCUUAGCCGAGCUGGACGACUCUCAGAAGCUAUAGACUUUAUUCACAAAAUGCCAGUUGAGCCGAGUGCUAAGGUUUGGGGUGCACUACUUAAUGGGGCUUCAGUUUCUGGUGAUGUAGAAUUGGGAAAGUUUGUCUGUGAUCGUUUGUUUCAGAUUGAGCCUGAUAAUACAGGGAACUACAUCAUCAUGGCAAAUUUGUAUUCACAAGCUGGGAGAUGGGAAGAGGCUGAUAAGGUCAGGGAGAGAAUGAAAGAAGUUGGACUGAGGAAGAUUCCUGGCGGUAGCUGGAUUGAAACAAGUGAUGGAUUACAAAGCUUUAUAGCAAAAGAUGUAUCAAACGGAAGAACCGAAGAGAUUUAUGAAAUACUGGAAGGACUGCUGGGGUUGAUGAAAGAAAAAGGUUACGUUUUGCAGGACGAAUUAGAUGAGGAGAGUGUUAACAAUUGAGCCAAGAUCAUCAUAACUGGAAGGCUCAAGCAAAAUAGGAAUUGGAUGAGGGUCCUUAAUGGAAUGAUGGUUUAAGAACUACCCUAUUUAUCAGAAGUAGCACCUGGAUGGUGUGCAAUAUUGCAGGAUUGUGUCUUCUCUAAAAAAUGACCAGGGUACCCAUUGGGGGAUUACCAGCAUACCCUACCACACACAGGUUGGAAAACAUGUUGUUUAGGCCCCAAGAGUUCUUGUGGAAGCAAGGGAGAUAAUGGUAAUUAGACACUCAUUUUCCAAACUCAGAUUCAGGCUCAGAAAUUUACUCAAGUUCCAAUGAAGAUUAGUCGGAGCUAUAGGCGGUGCAUGUAAGUGUGAAAGGUGACAGGAAGCCUUGAGAAGCGAAGAAUAUUGUGGUAUGGUUGCUAAGUUCCAUCAGCUUCAUUUGCAUUAUUAGCAGUGCAGGGGACAAGAGGAACGAGCCAUGGAUGGGCCAAUUGUUUUUUUUUUCUUCUACUUGUUUUGCUUGAGACAGUUCAUAAUUAUUGUGGUUAUGUAUAUAUAUAAUUAAAGAGGAAGGACAAAUGGGCUUGAAGUGUACACAAACUUAGGGACAAACAAACCUACAUACCCCAGCGACUUCAUUCAAUUCAUCUACCCCACAACCCAGUGCGCUAUUGUUGCAAGUGCUAACAACUCUCUUAUCGCAACUUAUCAAGUUUGGGUUUUUGCUCUUUUAUUUAUUUUGUAAAGAGAUUGAAGGGGAACAAAAAAAUAGCUCACAUGGGAGAGAAUAUUAAACUCCAAAUAUGUAUUAUCAAUGGAUUGAGAUUACUCCCAA